GGAGAAAACAGGAUCUGAUAAGCGGCAGUUAAGGGAGUGAGUUAUCCAUGCGGGAACGGCACUGAUGCGCCGGGGUUCGGCGCUAAGGCAUCGCGCGCGGCGGCGGCGGCGGGAGCUCCACCCUGAUGAAGCGCGCUGCUGCGGGAGCACCGAUCUUAGGCGCGCGGCGGCGGCGGGGCCUGAGGUGCGCAGCGGCUCCUGAUGCGUGACGGCGCGAGCACGGCCUGAUGUGCUCAACGACAGCAGCACCACCCUGAGGCACACAGCGGCAGGAGCACCACCCACCACCCUGAGGUGCGCUGGCGAUGCCUAAAUGCACGAUUUUCAGGCAAGUUGACAAGAUCAAUUCGUUUGCUCAGUAGGAUUAGUCUACUGCGGAAUACCAAAUCGGUUCAUGUAAUUAGAUCCAACCGGCCUCUGAUACCAGAUGUUAGAAAUAACUACUGAGAUUAUUCAACUGCUAAUCAGAUCGUAUCUAAUAUGCAUGAACACAAUUUGAUCUGAUGCGGAAAUUAGGAGCAGUAGAUUGAUUAUACCUCCGUUUGGUGAUGCCAUCUCGGGUCUAGAGAGGACGAAGAACUCGACAACGUCUCCGGCAACUCGCCGGAGUAAUGGAAAGUCUUCACGUCAAUGAGCCGUGCUCUCCUGAUUGGAAAAAGAGUGAUUUUCGGAGUAGACGAUGGCUAAUGCGAUGGACUGAUGCGUAUGUGCAAGUCUGCUCCUUAUACAAUGCGUUGGCUUUGACAGUGGGACCUUAACCAUAUUAGCGUUAAUUCAGCCCCCCAAUCACGGGCCCGAUUUGUUAAUUGCCAUUUAAUUGGUAUUAAUCCCGAAAUUGAUUAAUGGGCCCAUAUUAACUUGUGGUAAUUAACAUUUUGACCAUUUGAUCACAUUAUAAUUGCAACAGUUUUCUCUGAGCAAAUGGCUCAUCAACACUGUCAUCACUCUCCUCUCUACAACUACAAUGAUUUCCAUGAAUUGGAGAUGCUAGAUCUAGCUGUCAGUUUGGCAUAGCUAUUGCCUAGGAGUCGUUGAUUGCAAUUGGUGGCUCCUGAAUAUCUCUGCUGCUAAAAUAUAAUGCUAUUACCCGGGAGCCAAAUGCAGUUUAAAAUUGUUUUGCACUAUCAAGUCUAACAACAAAAUGUGUCAUGCUGCAGUUCACCAAGGCAAGGUAUUCUAGUGUUCGGAAGAUAAAUUCUUGGUUAUUUGGAAUAACAGAGUCUGCAGUUCAUUUUCCAUUUACGCAACCGUUUGUUCUUUGCAGGUCGCCCACUGGCCAAGUCAAAGGCUUGUCACUUGGCACUGUUAUCUCCCUGGGUUCCUUACCUGUGUUUGCUGGAGGCAUAUGGUACUACCUCAAAACGAAUCCAGAGGGGCCACUGCCAGUUGCUCAGAAGCCCACCGCCGAGGAGGACCCGGAGGAGAGAGCCAUGAAGAAGAGGUUCGAGGAGUGGAUGGUGGUGCACAAACGCAGAUACAAGAACGAGGAGGAGAAGGCACGGCGCUACGAGCUGUUCAAGGGGUGUGUCAAGCGGGUGAACGAGCUCAAUGCCGCGUCACGGCCGGGUGAAGCCCGGUACAAGCCAUACCGAUAUGCUGACUUUACCAAGGAAGAGAGGAGCAAAGUACACGGAAUCGUGGUCGAACCAUCUAUGUUCGACGAGUGGAACGAGGAGAAGAGGCGCAAAACACAAGGGGGUCAUGACGGCGGCGCCGACGAGGACGACUGGGAAGAACAGAUGCGCCUGAUACAAAGGGGUCUUCGCACUGCGGCCCUUAAUGGCAAGGCACAACGCAAAGCACAGCAGUCGUCCUGAGUGGUGAAUUAGUAUCUAUAUUAGCUUCCAUCAGUGUGUUAUAUCGAUAUAUUCCCUCCAUUCCAAAAUAUAGUAAGCCCGCACUUCCCGAGGUCUAAUUUUGACUAUAAAUUUAACCAACGAGACCGACUGCGGCGGGAGAAAUAAUUGUAUAAUUGAAAACUUGUUUCGAAUACGAAUUCACUGAUAUAACUUUUGCUCCCGCCGCAAUCGGUCUUGUUAGUUAAAUUUACGGUCAAAGUUGAAACACGAGAAUAGAAGAAGCACUACAUUGUGGAAUGGAGGGAGUAUAUAGAUGCCCCUGGGAUUGAUGAGUUUAUGCCAGUGUCUGUUGCUACUUAUGCCUGGAACCUUGCAGUGUUGAACUUUAAUUGGAAUUUCCCCUGUACCGCUGUA